AGAUUUGUUGAAUAGCAGAGUUAUGGGUGGAGCAAUGGCAUGGGAGGCUUAUCAGCUAUUUACAGCUGCUGUCAUCUAUUAAUUUCUCACAAUGAAUAGCUGUUGCGCAUAGCAACAUAAAAAGACACCAUUAUUACGAAGCAGGUGUUGAGGAGCGGCCCACUUCCCUGCCAUGCAGCUGAGGAGUAAUUAAGUUAUCUGGCGAUUGGCCAAUCUCCUUCAUUAAGGCCUACACACUCGAGCCUUCACCUCUGAAUCCGGAUUAGCCCAGUCCGGUAGCUGUUCUUGAUCUUAACAACAACAACGGAAUAUUUGGGUGAAGAUGGCGGGCCUUCGUCAGUUACUGCGAGCUGGACCAGUGGCACGAUCAUGUGUGCAACUACGAAGUACUGCUUUAGAGCAUACUGUUGCAGGAACUGCACCACGUGGCAAGGGUGGCAUCUGUUUUGAUUUAUCGGAUGAACAAAAGGAGAUUCAGCAAUUGGCUAGGAAGUUUGCUCGGGAGGAAGUACUUCCAAAAGCAGCUGAACUUGACCGCACCAUGGAGUACCCUUGGGAAUUAAUUAAAAAGAGUUGGGAGUUGGGUCUCAUGAAUGCACACAUUCCAGCCGAUAUUGGUGGAAUGGGACUAGGAACAUUUGAAGGGUGCCUCAUCACAGAAGAGAUUGCUUAUGCUUGCAGUGGAGUUCAAACUGCAAUGGAAUCCACUAACUUAGGGCAAAUUCCUGUGAUCCUUGCGGGUAAUGCAGAGCAGAAGAAGAAGUAUCUGGGGCGUUUGUUAGAAGAACCUCUAAUAUGUGCAUAUGGUGUGACUGAGCCUGGUGCAGGGUCAGAUGUAUCGGGUGUGCGAACUCGUGCUGUAAGGAAAGGAGAUGAAUAUGUUAUCAAUGGCCAGAAGAUGUGGAUCACAAAUGGUGGAGUUGCCAACUGGUACUUUAUUCUUGCUCGCACAAGUUCAGACCCAGCGUGUAAAGCUGCAAAUGCCUUUACGGGUUUCAUUGUUGAUGCUGACUCACCAGGCCUGACCAAAGGGCGUAAAGAGAUUAACAUGGGUCAGCGCUGUGCUAACACUAGUGGCUUUAUGCUGGAAGAUGUGGUUGUGCCCAAGGAAAAUGUUCUCAUAGGUGAGGGAGCUGGGUUCAAGAUUGCAAUGGGCGCAUUUGACUGCACCCGUCCUCCUGUGGCUGCAGGAGCGGUGGGUAUAUGCCAGCGAGCCCUGGACGAGGCUACAAAGUAUGCAUUGGAGAGGAAAACAUUUGGAACUCAUAUUGCUAAUCAUCAG